AUGGCUUACAAGGCUUUGGUUCUGUUGGGUCUCUUUGUAGUUCUUCUUGUAGUCUCAGAAGUGGGCGCGGCACGGACAAGGCAGCCGGUCACAGUGAAGUCAGAGAGCGAGGAAGCAGUGCAACCUGAUCAAUAUAGAGGUGGAUCGGGAGGCCGUGGAGGAAACGGAGGAGGAGGAUACAACGGAGGAGGCAAUUACAACGGAGGAGGAUCAUACAAUGGAGGAGGCCACGGGGACAAUGGAGGAGGAGGAGGAUACAACGGAGGAGGACGUGGAUGCCGCUAUGGCUGCUGCUACAGAAAUUACCGUGGCUGCUCAAGGUGCUGUUCUUACGCUGGAGAAGCUGUUCAGACUCAGCCAGGUCACUAA